CUGCUUUGUCCCUCUGCGCUCUCCGUCUGAAAACUUGAGCCGAGAGGGUCAAAGGUAUGGCGGCCUUUAGGGUGUAUAAUGACUCUGUUAGGCUUGAAGGCUAUAAGAGUAUGGGAAAGUUAACAACCAUGCCUGCAGGUCUGAUAUAUGCAUCUAUAAAUGUGCAUCUAGCCAAAGAAGAGGAACCCCAAAAGCAGCUAGUGAGACCAGAACAGCUCCCCAUAUAUACUGCACCACCUCUCCAUUCUAAAUAUAUUGAAGAACAACCUGGUAAUCUACAAAGGGGCUUUGCAUCCAUCCGUACAACAACUGCUUAUUAUAUUGGCUGGUGCAAGGGCAUUUAUCUCUUUAUGAGGAAUGGGGUUGUGGAUACAGUACAAUUUGGAAAAGAUGCAUAUGUCUAUCUGAAGAAUCCUCCUCAAGAUUUUCUUCCCAAAAUGGGAGUGAUUACAGCUUCGGGACUGGCAGGUUUGGUUUCAGCAAGAAAAGGUUCUAGGUUUAAGAAGAUUGCUUAUCCACUAGGAUUGGCCACAUUAGGAGCAACUGUUUGCUACCCAGCUCAGUCAGUAAUAAUUGCAAAGAUAACUGGGAAAAAAGCAUAUGCUACAAGCCAGCAAAUUUUUCAAGCCAUUAAGUCAUUGUGGACAACAAACAGUGAAAAUGAAUUACUCCCUGAACCAAAGGAAGAAACCAAGGAAAAAAGGUCUGAUGAAACCCAUGUCAAAACGCCUGACCUGAAACAUUCAGUGUGUUUGCCAAAAGAACUUGCCUCUGAGACAAAGCUUAAAGCAGAAUCCACCUCAGGUACUACACAGUUUAUACCUGACCCCAAGCUCAUGGAUCACGGGCAGUCUCAUCCAGAUGAUAAAGAUAUGUACAGCACCAGAAGCUGAACUAGUUUAUAGAGGGAGCCUGCAUAGAGAACUGCCAGAUGUACCAAGUUGCAAACAAUGGUGAAAGAUCACAUAAUGAAUGGGUAACUGACAGAAUAUGACUUGAAAUUUUUCCAUGACAUUUUCAAAUAAACAGUUUGACCAAUGAUACAAGUGGUAAGAACGCAAAUUAAUGAAUGCAACACAAUAUUAAGUGAUUGAUGAGGGAACUGAGGUAAAAAAUACUAGGAAUAUAUUUCAUGCCUUGUAAUAGAAUUUAUCAGAAAGCAAAAUGAAGUGGAGAUAUGUCAGUAAGACUGAAUUCUAAAAAUAUGCAUAUAUAUGUAUGUAUGUAUCUGCUUCAGUUUUCCCAAUUAUUGCCAGUUAAUGUAGGAUGGGGGCUAGCAGAAUGUUUUUCACUUGACUUUUUUUUCAAGCUGGAAUAAAAUAUCCAUAUUUUAUGGCA